AUGGAUGAACACAUGCAACACUUGGAUCUUGUUUUAUGCAUCUUGGAAGAGUACCACUUUUACAUCAAAACUUUCAAGUGCGCCUUUGUUCAAGAGGAGCUUGAGUAUCUUGGGCAUAUUGAAUCCGAUGAUGGUGUGCGCGUCAACUCGCACAAGAUUGAGGCCAUGACUGAUUGGCCAUUGCCCAAAGAUGUCUCGGCCUUAAGAGGAUUCCUAGGGCUCACUGGCUACUAUAGGCAGUUUGUGAGGGACUACAGUCUCAUUGCAAAGCUGCUCACUUCUAUGCUAAAGAAAGAUGGGUUUGAAUAG